ACGUUCAACAAAAACUUGUUGAACAUGGACGAUAUUCAGGUUGAGGUUCGGCGUGAGAGAUACAUGAUACGCCUUUUCAACUAUGUGGUUUUCAAAACGGAAGGUCGCAAAGAGGAUGAGUGGAACGAUGAGUUUUUCAUUGGCUACUCGCGUAUAAUGGACAGAUUUGCCCCGACGGGACUCACCAAGGAGCAAUGGGAGGAAAACAAGACGAAGGUGCCAGCUCACAAGGCGAAAGAUGUGCCAAAACAUCUGGGCGACAUUGACGAACCAAAGGUGGGCAAGGUGGGAGGGUUCAAGUUGACGCGGACACUAUAUGCGAAGUGUCCGUAUUAUCUAAAAGUGUUCAUGCAUGAAAUCAUCGGGGCUAUCGACCAGCUGCGGGACGAGUUGCGGCGCAUAAGUGCAAAUGCGAGGUACUUGAUGUGGGAUGCAAACAACGAUCACACUACGUUUCUUCCGAUAUGCUCGGCACCGUACGAGGCGCUUCAACCAUCGGAGGAGAUCACACGAGCUGUUAAGAAGCUCAAUUGCCAUCUCGCAGUCCUGGACCUUUGCCCGCGCAAGUCGACAGCCCCUCACGAGUGGUCAGAUGAGAGAUUCGCAGUGCUGCCGGAGAUGAUGAACACCUUCUUGAUUCCAGGUCGGUGGGAGAGAUAUUUAGGGAAGGACCAAUAUGUUGUUCCCGCUGGAAAUCUUCCAGUGCGACCUCGGGACUGCAUGACCGUUGUCAUGCAUGCGUUGAACAACGACUACAAGAAGGUGACUGUGCAGCCACGAAACCAUGUCACGUGGUUCGACGAUAACGUGAAGGAGGACUUAUUUGUGCAAUGCACAAACGAGCAUAUUGGGAUAUCGGGCGAUACAAAAGCCGUGUACGGGCAUUGGGAGAGAGAGCCAAAAAAAGUGAAGGAAUUGUGCAAAUGGUUUGCAAAGGAUGGCGAAGGUGUGCUGCUGCUCGGGAAUGUGCAGGCAGGGUCAGUCUGGGAAGUGCUGCGGCCAGGACACAAUGUUGUUGCGUGUGACAGCAAUUCAACAAUGCUCGAUUGGACGUCCACAGGCCAGAAAGUCGUUGCCAUUUCGAACGACCCAAAACUCCUUGGCGUCUUGAGAGAGACAUGUACCUCAAGCUUGGUAAGAAGAGGGACUCUCUACAUCGGUUAUAUCCACCGUAAAGUGAUUGUCAUCCAACAUCUCCAAGGGUACCACGGUGCGAUUGAGAUAUUCAUGGCGCGGUGUGAGUGUUUGUGGUUCAACAAACAAGAAGAAAGACUACGUGCGAAGACAUACGCCGAUGAGUUAGAUGCGGGUGAGCACUUCGAUGUGCGCGACAGCGAGGAGGAGACAUCGGACGAAGAUAUAAAUCUGUCUGUACCGGGUGCUCAACAGGAUGUUCGACAGGCGUUGGACAGCGGCAAGGGUCAUCAGGCAAUGGAAAGGAUAGAAACGGGUGUUGUGGCGAGCCGGGAGAGCGUUCGUGGUGGGGAGCAGAGGUCGUGUGAACAAGGAAUGCAAGAGAAUGCGGGGAAUGAGAUCCGGGGGCCAGUUGGUGCAACCAAUGCAAGCAAGAAUAGCAACAAUGAAGGGUUGCAUGCACGAGCGGCCUCAUUAAGUGAAAAAGAGCCUCGUCUCCAAUCCAAAUGCAAGGAAAGCAGUGUCAGAUACCCUGGGAUAUUGACUCAGCUGGACAACGUGUAUGUAAGCAUGGGGCUGUCGAAGAUCCCAAGAGAGAAGCAAUAUAACGUCCCCCAGGUGGAAAAUGCACAGGUUAGCGAAAUGGGCGUCGACGCCAUCAAAUUCGCGCUCCCGCCCAACGAGGACGACAAACUGAUGCCCGGAGACACAAUUCAAGAGGACAUGAAGGAGUUCAUCGGAGGUCGGCACUUCAUACAGCACAUUGGGACGGUGGUUGAGACAGAAGACCACCAAUGGGGGCAUCAUAUAUUGUGGCACCCGAAGGUCUUCGAGCCCUGCGUAUGGAACGGGAAAUGGCACAUGGCUGUGUGCAUCGAUGGCCAGUGGCAAUUGCAAAAGCGGGUAUUGAAGAGCAAGUUCUUCGAAAUCGCAAAGGAACAGGUUCAUAUCAAAGUGCGGCAGGCGAACGGUGGAUCAGACAGCCUUGCAGAAGGAGCAUAUGCCGACGCACUUUAUGACAAGUUGCGAGAUCAGAACAUGUUGGAGUACAACGCAAACUUUUAUGACAUUGAAUCCAAUGUGUCGCACGGUCGGAUCCCUUGGAAAUUGCCAAGUCGAGAAGUGGUGCAAGAGUUUGAAGGUGAAAUAUGUCUUGGUAACAGUCAGCAAUUGGGACAUGACGAUGGCCACGCUUCGGCGAGUGCAGCGGGACGUCCAUUCACGAGCUUCGUUCAUAGUGACAAGCAAGUUCAUGAGAGGAACGAUAUAGACAAAUCUGUGGGCGACAGCGACGAGUCACGAAGUGACAGAAUGCAGACCGAACAACAAUUGUCCCAUCCCCCGUCGCAACGGGAGGGAGGACAAAGACUAGGUGGAUCGCUUUGCAACAAUGGAAUCUCCCAAGGCGGCGUACUCGAGGGACGGCCAGGUGGUGUGCAGAUGGAAGAGAACGUUGAGGCCUCAAUGGGAAAAGACGAUGACGAACUCCAACGAGCCACGACGAUUGGCGACAAGCAUCAACAGCCCAAGCGCAAGAGGAAGGAUGACGACAUUGUCAUUGACAUCGUCACACAGUCAGGUGAGCAAUCAGGGUGUGUUGAGGACGGGGAAGUGGGACAGAAUGAGAAAGAACAAGAGGAACACCAGCAUGUCACAUUGCAAAAGGAGGAUGUAAUCUGCAAUGAGAAGCCAAGGAAAGGGAACAUAAAUGACAAUAUUGUGCUCCGACGUUCGGCGAGACCUGCGGCAAAAAAGACAAGGCAUGGCGACUAGUUGUGUGCAUAGAAGUGAUUUGUCCAUGUGCGAGAAGAUACGUUUGUGUGUAAUGAAGUGUGUGUGUGUGU